AUGGACUAUAGGCCACAAUCCCCCGAUCUCUCCUUCCCUACCUCCUUCGCGUCCGACAUGGCUCGUCGUUCGUCGCGCAUUGCCCAAUCAGACAGCCAGCCCAUCUACGAAAUGCCCGAAGAUAUACAACCUCUGCCCGAGGACGAGUCUCACUCGCUACCCUACCCACCCUCUUCGCCCCAAGCCCAACCGGUCCAGCCGAUUGCGCCCGAGAUGAGUGAUGUCCCUCCUGGCGCGGGGAUUGAGGUCAAGACCAAGUUCCCCGUCGCGCGCAUCAAGCGCAUCAUGCAAGCCGACGAGGACGUGGGAAAAGUCGCCCAAGUGACCCCCAUUGCUGUGUCCAAGGCCCUAGAACUCUUCAUGAUCUCUCUCGUCACCAAAGCCGCCCAAGAAGCCAAGGACCGCAACUCGAAACGCGUCACCGCCUCCCACCUGAAACAUGCCGUCGCCAAGGACGAAGUACUAGAUUUCCUGGCCGACAUCAUCGCCAAGGUUCCCGAUCAACCCGCGGGCCGGAAGCAUGAGGAUGACGGCAGCGAUCAAAACGAAGGGCGCCGGAAGCGUGGGGGGAGACGACCCAAGGAGGAGAGCGAUUAA